AUGGAUAACAGCGAGUCCAUUGGCAACUGGCAAUGGGACCCAUUGAAAGGGGAGUUCAUCGACAUAGGCCUCGACAACGGUCUUGCGAGUGAUGGCCCUCUCACACUCUACGACGAGGGCKCGCGGCUAUUUGGCGUUCAACAAGACAACGCAUUGUCACCCAGCCACUUCGAGGGGUUUGAAGACCUCUUCGAUGACUUGCCUGUAGGCCCUGACUACGCGCCGUUGGAGGCUCCCGAGGACCAGUCCGAUCACAUCAAUGGCAACAGCUAUGAUGUGCAGAGUAUCGUUGGCACCACACCAGAAACAAAUCGUCAACAGAUGGAACAAACCAUGCGCGCAGCUCCCGCAGUCCCUUCCUCGACUUCUGAGAUACACGCAGACGGCUCAUUGAACCCUUCAGCAACAUUUCAAUUCAAUGAACAAGUCUCUGUUGAUGGCUCUGUCGCUUCGACUGCAGGAGAGAAGCUUUCCCCUACUUUAACCGUCUCGGAGCACUCAAAGCCUACACACGACACUAUGGAGCAAUACUGGAUCGCCAGAAUCAAGGAGGCCUUUGUAACGGUGGAGAAUCUGCCGCCCAAGUCCGAAUGGGGUCUUCAUGAAACGACUAAAUCGAUCAUGAACACAAAAUUCAAGGAGGACAUCGCCGCUCGAGUCCUCGCCGGCGACGCUGACGCGAAGAUCAGCGCAAUCUGCGAGAUCCUAUUCAAUUCAUUCAUCAAAUACUACGCCGUCGGCGAUCAUUUCGACGUCAACGCCAUGCCAAACAAGUCGGACAAUUCAAAGAUGGACGACAAAUGGACGCCUGAUCAACGAAUGAAUUGUUACUUGAACGGACUCAGUGGAACGAAGACGCUGGCGGGAAACCUUUUGUCGGGGAUUGACGCCAUCACAACGUAUGUCGCCAAGCCAGAAGGCCGAUACAAGGCUAUCUACCAGUCCGCAAAGGGUAACGCAGCCAAGGCCAUGAAGCAUGCGAAGCUCUUGGAAUUGGAAUCGGGUCUCAGCAAGUCUCCGGAUCCUGCAGUUGCAAGUUCGUCGUCUACAGCGCCGGCAACCACGCCGUUUCACUUUGUGUCCGUCACGCAGCCUGCCGAAUUGAGCAAGAAAGCCAGCGGCAGGAAGACAGCUCAGUCCUCUGAUGACAGCUCGGUCGAGAAGCGCGCAGUACAAACGACAGGCGGCGCAAAGGGUACGAAAGGCGCCGCCAAGGAGCGCAAGAGGCGUGGAACCUACAACAAGGCUCAGAAUUCAGAGAUGGCUCAGAGUACGGCUGCGCAACUUCACGGCCCUGCUGUACAUCCAGGUGUUCAGAGUAUACCCCAUGCCGAAGCUGAUGACUCCAACGACAUCGGAGGCGCGUUCCAAGGCGACUUCCUCGCGCGGCCGACCGACAUCCAUGGCGGGCUCAAGAGGAAUCUCAGCUCGCUGGAUGAAUCAGCCAAUGAACAGGCUUCGUACUUCCUCCCAAACAAGCGUGCUCGCGGUGAUUACUACGCAGACGGAGAGCGCUAG